UUGCAUUUUGAGCCCAGGCCGUGUAAUAAACCUGGGCUGUCCCUGCUGUGUGUUUGUGCACAGUUUGUAGGGAUGGUUCGCCUGCUUGCAUCACCGUGCGCCGGUGACGUGCAGCGUCUGGGAGCUGUCCCAGGAAUCAUGGUGCUGAAGCUGCAGCGCCGACCCAGCAGCCAAUGAUCGCAGGACGAAUCCGGGGCCACGGACGCUUCCCAAACCGAAGCAGGACGCUCCGACGUUCGGGCUGGAUCAUACCAGAUGGAUCUAAACCCCUAAAAACGAGGACGCGGAGAUCCGAAUGACUGGGGAUGGAAGCCUCACGGAGAGACGCGUAAAACGAGCCGCAGUCUGGGCUGGAAGAGGAGGAAAAAUAACAGUGGGGCAAAAUAAAUCCUGGAAUUGUAUAGAGAUCGGUGUAGCUAAGCAGGUAAGGCAGAAUAUGCUUCCCAACAUGGCACACACCAUCGAUUGGCUUAAUUACAGCACUCUGGGCUUUAAACGCGCCUCUCAUUGCUGAAAUGUUGAUUUUGCAGAUUUGUUUUUGAGCCUUUACAGGCAGGUUUAAAUGUUGGCUUGUUUUGAUGAAAUUGAAGGAAGAAGCCUGUCUGGAUAGUUUAUGUUGCAGCUGGCAGACCAUUAAGGCCAUGAAAUGACUGGACACUGAGUGAACAUACAGCCUUAUUACAUGAAUUUAUAUCCCCAUCAGUCUAACAUUUGGCUUUCCUCUUUUGGCUGCUUCAUUUAGUGAACUUAAUGGCUUCAGACACUUGUUUGCAUCCUUGGGAUUUAUUUUACAUCUUCGUGGGAAGGAAAUAGGAAAACUCGCACGGUUGGAUUAAAGACACCUUCCGGCGUAAAAUAAGCCAAAAACAGCUGUAAACUCCCCCCAACAGACGCUGGAAAACGCCCACGGUUUCACCCAGCGACACAUGAAGAGGUGUUUCCUUAUGACAGCGCACGUCCUCCAGCACCUUUGUGCGGUGCUGUGAUCUCGUGGCCGGAUCCAGCCCGAUGCUGCGCAGCCGGGGCAUGCUGAAGAGCCGCUGCUGCGUCCUGCUUGGUGACCUGAGGGUGCUCCUUCUCGGGCCACCGGCGCCGCUGCCUCCGCCGACCCCCAUGAGCGGCCAAUCGUCGGAUGAGGCGAGCGUCCCCGUCCCCGACAACAACAACACGUUGACGCGGAGCCACGCCGCGGACCGGGGCGCAGCGGCGUCCGCGGCCGGAGCCGCCGGGGCCCCGGGAGGAGAGCGGCCGGCGGCGGGCUGGGUGGACGCGGCGGAGCUGUCGRCGGCUCUGCGCGGCUGCAGCAGCUCCUCUGAUGACUGCUCGAAGGGCAAGCUGGAGGAGAGGUUCUCUCUUACCAGCUACACUGAAAGUGGCUUCAGGACGCCUGUGUGCAGGAUCUGCUUCCAGGGACCAGAGCACGGGGAGCUCCUGAGCCCGUGCCGCUGCAGCGGGUCGGUUCGCUGCACCCACCAGCCAUGCCUCAUCAAAUGGAUCAGCGAGAGAGGUUCCUGGGCCUGCGAGCUCUGCUACUACAAAUAUCAGGUCAUUGCCAUCAGCACCAAGAACCCGUUACAGUGGCAGGCCAUCUCSUUGACUGUGAUAGAGAAAGUGCAGAUCGCAGCAGCCAUCCUGGGCUCCCUGUUCCUCAUGGCCAGCAUCUCCUGGCUGGUCUGGUCGUCCUUCAGCCCGUCGGCUCGCUGGCAGCGCCAAGACCUGCUUUUCCAGAUAUGCUACGGCAUGUACGGCUUCAUGGACGUCGUCUGCAUCGGUGAGAGCUGAAUGUAGCUACUUUUUUUUUUUCAAUUUGCUCGUGUUUCUUCCUCUGCAGUUAAUGAUGAGUGAGAAAUAUUGAGCGAUUCUCACUGCUCACUCUAAUCCAGGUGCUUCUCUACAGGCAAAAGUAAAUGUCACAAGUGUUCAGCGGAGUCUGUAAUUUUACCUGACAGCUGUCRACAAAUAUUUGCGAAUGCAUUGAACCAAUAGCAUUAUUGAGGAUCAAUACAGUUCAUCUGUUCAGCACAGUCAGCUGCUUUAGAUCAGUAUGGACAGUUUGGUAGCUACUGUGGCUAUAGUAAUUGAUUUCUUUUUUUAUCUAACCUAUACUUCUCCCAGUUGCUGCAUUAAAGAUGAUAAAUUGCUGCAUCAAAUGUUAUAAAUUAAACAUGAAUAAUAGAUACUGGAAACCACCGCUUUGCACCAACAGAAAUUAAAAGCCUCAACCUGAAAUUCUGACAAAACUUUGAUGCUCACAACAUCAGAGGGAUAUAAGGGCCUAGCAUUUCCUGCAAGAAUAAACAUCGCUGGUUGUUCCUCUUCUUGUGCCAGAGGGACUUCAGGUUUUGUUUCCUUGUGUCAGAUUAACUGUAACUUCCUCUGCAGCAGACAGCAUGGUGAGAGGAGGAGGAGAUUGAUUGUCUCCGGUUUGGUGGCGAGGAUUGACUGCGCAGUCAUUAACUUGGCACUUUACAGAGAUUAACUUAUCACCUUGUAGAUGCUGCGCAGCAGAGACCUGAUUAUCCCACAAAGUUAGAGCGAAAAAGGAGCAGACCCGAGGAGAAGAGAGGAGAUGGGGACUUAAAAGCAACAACUCAUAUCAAAAGACAGAGUUUUACUGUAGCUGUAAGAAAAUAUGAUACUUUAUUAAACCCUAUAACUUUUAUCCACUGUAGUAGCACAUUAUGACUUACCAUUUCAAAUUUAUAGGAAACUUAAACAUCUUCACAAUACUAUUGUGUGGAGCGUUAGCAAAAUAUCUCAUGAACCAUUGGACAGCGGUUAUUGAAAUUUUCUGAAAGUAAUAAGUAGAUGCCACCUCUAAGCAUACAUUUCAGUUAAUUUUACAGAUUUUGAGCUAAUGUUUGGUGUGGAAAGUCAUAUAUAACUUGUAAUCUAUCAGCUAACUGACCUUUUGCACGUUAUGAAGCCCACAUGAAACAAACAUUUUGAUUGGUUGGGAAAAUGUCACCACAGUUACCAUUCCUGGAAAAACCGGAAGUGAGGGGGAAUGUAAUUUGAAGGAGCGAGGUGAUGAAAGUGGGUUGUAACGUCGAUGCAUAGUUUCAGAAAAUUGUGGACAAUCAAUGGACAAAAUCCCUGAAAAGUGUUCCACUGAUUUGAGAGGAUGUCUUUGUGAAGCAACUGUCGAGGAGGGCCACCGUGUCAAAGAAGGCAAUGGCCGAAACAAGGUUGAUGAAGUCGACGAGCGCUACUGUGUUUACGGUUUAGCUAUCGCRUUAUUGUGUAUGCUAGAGACACACAUUCAUGGAUGGUUAACUUCACAAACACUUACACAAAUCUGUGUUUGAUGACAUUUAGCUCACAUGGUAUUUCUUCACAUCUGUCCAGCAGCAUGCUCUUUUGCUGCGGGAGGUUGUUCUCUCUUUUGUCUGUUUUACACAUCCAAGAUGCAACAUAGGAACAUCAUCCUUACAUAUCUAAGAUGUAAUGUCGGAACGUAAUCCUUACAUAUCCAAGAUGUAAUCCUUACAUAUCCAAAUUGUAGUGUAGGAACGUAAUCCUUACAUAUCAAAGAUGUAACGUAGGAACGUAAUAUAAGACGUAAGUUAAGAACAUAAUCCUUACAUAUUUAAAAUGUAAUGUAGGAACGUAAUCCUUAAAUAUCCAAGAUGUAACUUAAGAACGUAAUCCUUACAUAUCCAAGAUGUAACGUAGGAACGUAAUCCGUACAUAUCCAAGAUGUAGUGUAGAAACGUAAUCCUUACAUAUCCAAGACGUAGUGUAGAAACAUAAUCCUUACAUAUCCAAGAUGUAGCAUAGAAACAUAAUCCUUACAUAUCCAAGAUGUAACGUAGGAACAUAGUCUUUACAUAUCCAAGAUGAAACAUAGGAACGU